UAUUUGGAUUUUAAUGAUAAACUAAUUUUCACUGGGGAUGUAUUUGAGCCAAACUUGCAAAGUAAGUAGCUUUUAUUGUGAGGUUGACGCGGAUGAAAUCCGGAACGCUUCAUUGUGGCGCAUGAGCGCGCACGGAAUGUUUUGACGGUUACACAGGAGAGCUGUCAAGACAGUACCUGUACAGUAAGACCUUUAGGAUGGCCCAGGCAGACAGCAAGGUAGUUGUUCUGGGAGCAUUGGCUGGAGUGGCUGGUAUCAGUUUGGCUGUGGCAUGCUACCAGGGCUUCAGGUCAAGACGAAGAGUCUCAUGGCCGGGAUUCUACCUCAACCGCACUAAUGAACAGGGCACUGGCGUCAUGUUGGUGGAUGGUCCAGGUCUGCCCAGGGGUCAGGCUGAGGUGCUAGAGCGCCUUGAGGCCCUGAUCCAGUGCGUGUCCGAGCUGAAGGAUGAGAUGAAGGCGUUGAAGAAUGCUCUGCCGACACUGCAGAACCAAGUCAGGGAAGAAUUGAGGGGACAUGAUGAAGUGCAUCGACCCAGCCCUCUACACAGGACCACACCAACACGGAGGAAAAGAGCCGCAGGCACUAUCACAGGCACCAGAGCCGGGGGUCGGAGCUCAGAGGAGGCGGAGAGUGAGGGAGGGUAUAUGACUGCACUGACAGACUCUGAGGAAGAAGAGCAAAGUGAUGCAGAGCAGAGGGAUGAAGACCAGCCUGUGGACAUGUUAUCUGUCCUUUUUGAGAGGAUCGACUUUUUGCAUCAGGGCACUGAAUCUGACAAAAGGGAAAGUCUCAACAUCCUUCUGGAGCAGAGAGAACAGUUUGGACAGAACUCAACGUUUCUUUGGCGGCUGACCCGGGCUUACUGUGAUGUUCAUGACGUCAGCUCCACUCUGGAGGAGAAGAAAACCCAUGCAGAAACUGGGAAGAAAGUUGGUGAGGAGGCGGUGAGCCUGAACCCUACAUGUGCUGAAAGUCAUCAGUGUCAAGGAGAGAUAGUAUUUCAACUCAGAGAAGAAAGGAAAGGAUUAACAACAGCAGGAACUGGACCCUAUAGCAAAGUGCUGGAAAAAAUGUAUGCCAUCAUGUGUGGAAUUAUGGCAGAGUAUGACACAGUUCAGAACAAGAUAAAGAAUGGAUACAUCUUUAAGGAUCAUCUGGAUAAAGCCAUUGAGCUUAAGCCACAAGACCCCAUGUCCUACUACCUGCUGGGCCGCUGGUGCUACGCUGUAGCUCAGUUAUCAUGGAUUGAGAGGAAAGUUGCGACCACACUAUUUGGAGAACCUCCAAGUGCCACAGUUGAAGAUGCACUAAAGAAUUUUCUUAAGGUUGAGGAGAUCAAUCCAGGAUAUUCUAAACUCAACUAUGUGUUUCUAGCCAAGUGCUACAAAGACCUGGGGCAUAGGGAAAAAGCUGUGAAGAUGUAUGAAGCUGCAUGUUCAAUGAAUACUGUCUCAAAAGAGGUAGAAGUCAUCACUGUCAUAUUGCAAUGCUCUAUUUAUAUCCAUCUCAGAGGGUGAUUCCUUCCGCCUUUUCUCAUCUCUCUUUACAAAAUGCACUAUAAAUCAGGAAUCUCAGUACAGAUGCAGCAGUUGUUUGGGUGGCUUCCUAAUCAGUCAAAUAGCCAUAUUUUAUUGUAUUCUCAAUAAUGCUUUUUCCUCAGGAUGAAGAGGCACAAAAGGAGCUAGACUUACUCUGCCCAGCACUUGGAGUGUGACGAUGACAGCGCAGUAGCACAUUCUUUUGGAAAAUUAUUUUCUGAGCGCUCUGUGUGUGUGGGUGUGGAUAUAGUGCGUACUGAGAGGCCAUCAUGUUAAUUCACUCUGUGAGUGGAGGAAGGUGUGAUGUGGCAUUAUAUUACCAGUGGGAGCAAUAGGCUCCCUACGUCAGCACCGUCCUGUGUCCUUUUAAAUCAGACUUGUAUUCUAAUGUUGUGUUGUUAUAAAAACUUUUUUAAUAGUGGAAAACAAACUUGACAUUCCUAGUUGUACUAAAUCAAUUGGAUAAUUUGUUUUCCCUCUCUCAAAUAAUCAAGUCCAUUGCCAUCAAAAGUUUGAGAUAGAUUUUUAUUGAUUUUAAUUUUAGAGAAAUUGGAUUAAUCAUAAAUUUUAGUGAAUUCAGUGUGAUUGUUAGUAUAUACAGUAUAUCUGCUCCUGUCUGUACAGCAGUGUGUAGCAGACAUUCUCUCCGAAAUCUGAUUGCUCCGAGUUUCACUGACAACAAAGACCUGUCACUUUUUGGGAAAGUGACCCAUAGGACUUGCUGUUCCUUCCUCUUCCGUCCUGUGUUUUUUGUGUCUCCCAUCAAACAUUGAAGUAGGAAUAACAAAAGCACAUCUGACAAUGGCGCACCCAAACAAAGAUCUUGGAAUGCCGUGACCACUGGACGACCUCUUGCACUCUUCACUCUGCCGUAAUUCAGACCAGCAUAAGUGCUCACUGGCUACAUUUACAUUCAGACUUUGUAAAAUAAUUAAAUCAUGCAGGAAACACAUGUAGAUGAACAUUUUCUUUUAUGUCCUUUUUCAUGAGAUCUGAUGUACUGUGGUUUUUGACUUUGGCAUUUGUUCAUUGAAGACAUUCAUUAUUCAGUUACCUCCUGCUGUUCAGCACCUGUGACAGUAAUGUCACCCCAGUAUAACUGCAGUUUAUCAAACGAUCCAACAGGAAGACAUAAUAGAGUACUCUUAGCCCUGGGUGCAGUACGCUUUUAAUGUUUUUCCUUGACCACUGUUAUACGGAUCCGCAACAACCCUCACUGAAUCAUUCUAAUCCGAGUACACACAUACGAAUAUAUCAAAGUUUACUUACUUGACAUGAUAUGUCAUUCCUCACAUUUUUUUAAGCCCUGGUUAUCAAUUGACCUGGGGUAUUUGAUAUGCAGAAUUUGAGGCUGUAGGCCAGACGUCCUGUGGUUAAUGUGCCCUCGUGCACGUUCGCCAGAUCAUUGAAAAAUAUUUUUUUAGAAAUACAGGAACAGGUUUAACAAAGAACCCAUAAAUGAUAUCAGUUAUUUCUUAUUAAGGGGUCAUGUGAAGCACCCAAUAGGUGUUUUUGAGAAAAACCCCUUUUUGAUCCUGAGUUCCUGUUGGAACCUUUCAGUAAUGUUUUUCUUCAGGAUGGUUACCUAAAUGAUUUUCCAUAUGUUCCCUUUUGGAGCUCGGACCCCCUUACAUUUCAUUUGUCUUGUAUUGUUUUUAAUCAAAAGUCAAUUUUAUUGAGACAUCUGUUUUAUUAUGAACUUUUGCAAUGUCAAAGAUGUGGAGAGCUGUCCUAAGCACACCACUCAAACUUGGUAUGCCUACUUAAAAAAUGAUCUAAUGUUCAGUGAAGGUUCCUGUUGCAGUGCAUAUAUACAGCACCUAAUUAACCUAGUUUGGGUUAAAUUAAGGUUUCAGGCUUCAAUUAAUAUAAAAAAACAUCCUGCUAAAGUCCACAUAGUGAAACAUUUUUCAAACAUGAAGUGAAAAUAUAUAUGAUGAUAAGGCUUCAUUAGUACAAGAUGAAAGGAGAACAAACAACAUAGUUAACUGUGUUUUUUGUUUUGUUUUUUUUGUAAUCUUUGCUUCUCUCUGUGGCAAAAGGGUUGGACAGUUUAACUGGCUCUCUAGUUAAACUAUAACAAAUAAAGCAGGAAAGGCCGACCCAUUGCUUUAGCAUGAUGGGAUGGCGCAUACAAUUGCAUUCCAGGUUAAAUAAUGCCCCUAAAAUCUGCGUUAAUGGUUGGAUAUUUAAUUUUAGGUAUUCCUAACUGUUUUGUGAAUGUUUGUCCUCAAUCUUGUAAGUGUGAUGCAUUUUAAACAUGCAUAUUGUAUGAAAACUUUAGUUUUGUUUACUCUUGAGAUUUGUUUUGGAUGAUUUUUAUCAAUCUACAGUCUGGUUAACUUUAUUUCAUUUUGUGUAUUAAGGCUACCUGUAUUGUGAAAAUUACAAGAAUAUUUGUUUUUAUUUGUCAAUUAACAGAUUUUCUACCAGCACUACGAAUGUAUUUGAUUUUUUUUCAAAUGCCAAAGCAAGUAAAAUAUUUACGGUUAUAUCAAAUCUGAUCACUACAUAGAGAUUAUACUGUACAGUAUCAUAAGCAGUGUGUACUGAAUGAUUAAUGGUACUGGAGUCUAUAAUUAAAUCUGUGCAGUCCUGA